CCAGAGCACUCACACGCACGAGCCCGAACUAGAAUGUUUGCUUCGUUUAUAGGCGUUCGAUUUUAGAUAAGAUAACCACAUAGAAUCCACCGCAGACCCAUCCAAAACCCACCGCGGCAGUACUCGACACGAAUCCAUGACGGCCAGAAGUUGACAACCUAACACCUUGUCCGAUUACCCUGAAGUUCCGUCACCACCCACACCAUGAGCUCGUCGGGGUUCGAUGACGCGUUCGGCAUCAUGGAGCAGCUGAAGAAGUCCGUGGAGACGAUCGUGGCCAAGACCGGGCCCAGCAGCAAGUUCUCGCAAGAUCUGGUCAAGCGGAUCGGCGAAAUGCAGGACAAGCUGGAGUCACUGGCGGACACGGACAAGCAACAGUUCCUAACGGAGAUGAAGGACAAAUUCCAGCAGACCAUCGGCAGGAUCGAAGAGCGGAUAGCGCAGCAUGCGCACAUAGCCCAGGCCUACUCCAGCUCGAUUCUUACGGCCGUGAUAUUCCUCCUAGUCUCAGUCUUCGCUCUCUUCGGCUACAAACUGUACAAGUCCCUGACGGAGAAGGAGCUCAAGAAGCAGGAGAAGCUUAAGAGCAAGCAGGCCAAGAAGGCGAAGAAGUCCAACUGAGCCCCCAAGCAGUCGCUGAGCACAUCUUGGGAAUAGCUUCCGGCCCUGACACCCUAAAACUGUUAAAAACCCCACAACACACAAUCGUCCCCCUGUAAAUGACUAAAUUAUGAACCAGUAAACUUAAUAAAAGUAAAAAUUACCCAAUAA